UCUCAUAACCAAAUGCCCAAAUGUCCAAAUUGACCAGAGAGGGAGCUGUUCACCACAAUUUGAAUCAAGAAAUCCCUAAAUCAAUUCAUUAUGAACCCGAUCUCUGAUAAGGAGUCGACGGUGAUGAUAAUGUUGACACAACCAGCACCCAGAUCAGGGGACAAGAUCAGACCAAAUCCACGGCUACAUUGAAGUACAAUGACAGAAUCUCUCGUCAGUUUUGCUGCCCGGGAACUUUUGAAGAAGGUGGUGGCUUUACUUGCCGAUGAAGAGUUCAGUCUUGUGUGCAGAUUCAAGAACGAACUAGCAAUGAUGCACACUACAUUAGUCAAGCUUCAAGCUAUGUUACAAGCUGCCGAGCAUCUGACACAAGAUCAGCGGGAUGACGUGAAAAUCUGGGUGAAGAAAAUUGAAGAGAUAGCUGGUGAUGUGGAUGAUCUGCUGGAUGACUUUGGAUAUGAAGUUCUUUGGUGCAAAGUAGAACUUCAAGACCAAAUGAAGAACAAGGUGUUGUCAAUCUUCGUUCCCAUUGUAUUUCGUCAUAAAAUGGGACGUAGAUUUAAGAACAUCAAUGAAUCUCUUGUGAAUCUAGAGAAUCAGGCAGCCAGUUUUCAGUUGGUAAUUGCUGGGAAUGCAACCUGUGAUGAUCCAGAAGUUGAUAGGCAAACCGCCUUCUGCUGUGAUGAAGAUGAAAAGAAUAUCAUUGGAAGGGGUGAGGUUGUGUCAGAUAUGGUAACAACUUUGAUCAACUCCAACACUACUCAAGAAAAUCUUCUUACUGUUUUGGCUAUUGUGGGAAUGGCAGGUCUUGGGAAGACGACUGUUGCCAAAUCAGUAUAUAAUGACUCCGAAAUUGGUAGAUACUUCCAACAAAAAAUAUGGAUGUGUAUAUCUACCACUUUUGAAGUCGAGCAUAUUUUAAGCCAGAUCUUGGAAUAUCUUGAUGCAGGAAAAUCCGUGUUGAAAGGCAAGGCUGCAAUACUCACUGGCCUCCAAAAAAAUCUGGAACUCUGGAAGGGAAAAGAUAUCUUCUCGUAUUGGAUGAUGUUUGGAACGAAGAUCUUCAAAAAUGGGAUGAUUUGAGGACCAGUUUGUUAAGUAUUAGAGGUACAGAAGGAAGCAGUAUCAUUGUCACUACCCGAAAAGUCAAAGUUGCAAAAAUCAUGGAGACACUUCCUAGGUACGAUUUAACAAAACUCUCAGAUGAUGACUGUUGGCUCCUUCUAAAGAAUAAAGCAGUUUCGACUAGAAGUACUCUGCCACAAGAUGAAGAGAGAAUUGGAAAGGCGAUUGCAAAUAAGUGUGGAGGUGUGCCAUUAGUGGCAAAGGUAUGUUGCAUAUAAUUAUCAAUCUAAAGUUUUCUAACUGGAAAUAGAUCAUAUGCUAUAAUUUUUGAAUCCUUUCUUGACAUGCAUCUUUUUGUUAUUUUGAAUACUAGAAUCUGCUAAGCUUUGCAUAGGAAGUUGUCACGUCAUUAUAAGUAAAUUCAGUGGCCAAAUACAUAAGGCUUCCACUAGCUUAACAUAACUGACUUUAACAACGCACAAUCUAGUUAGGCUUUUUCAUACAAUAAUUUCGAGGUUUGUUUGGUCCAUUCCACUAUUUGACUCCAAUGCGUAAUUGGGCUCUCUAACCAUGAUUGGAGGGGGGUGCCAAAUUAAAUGCUAGCUGUUAUGACAGUAGACCAGUAGUGUAGGCCAUGGUAAUGGUAAAGUCAUGGCCACCGUUUUUGACAAAGAAGAAAAGUCAUGGGCACUUGGCCGACAGAAAUCAAAUUCAUAAUUUAGAUAGCAUAUUAUGCCAAUUAUUGUAUGACAUGUGGCGAAAUUCACAUCCAUAUUCAAGAUAAGGAAUUGGGUUCAGAAUGAUGUGUACAGUUUGACACUGCAUCUUCAAUCAAGUGAUCAACCUCUGGUUUUCUCAACUACCUAAACCUUUCUUUGCUUAAUUUGCCGUGAGUUCUGAAAGCUAUGGCAGAACUUCUGCUCACUUUUGCUGCCGAGGGAAUACUGACCAAGGUGACUUCGCUUGCUGCUCAAGAAUUCACUCUCGUAUUGGGUUUUAAAGGAGAUCUAGCACAGCUGCGUGACUCGUUCCUCAAGAUACAAGCUAUGCUAAGAGAUGUCGACCAUUCACAAGUUCGGGGGGGAGGCUGUGGAAUUGUGGGUGAAGGAUCUUGAAGACAUAGCUCAAGAAGCUGAUGAUGUCUUGGAUGAAAUUGGGUAUGAAGUUCUCCGACGCAAAGUAGAACUCCGUAACGAGAUGAAGAAAAAGGUGAAAAUUUUCUUCUCACACAACAAUCCCAUUGCAUUUCGCUUUAAAAUGGCACAUAAAAUUAAAAAGAUCAACAAAUCUUUGGUGAAUUUGAACAAUGAGGCAGCUGGCCGUAUUGGGUUGGUUGCUAGGACAUUAGCUAACGCAACCUCUCAAGAUGUUGCAGUGCUUGACAGGGAAACCGUCUCCGACUUUAUUGAUAUCGAUGAGAAGUUCAUCAUUGGAAGGGAGGAGGUCGUGUCAGAUAUAGUCAAAACCUCGAUCAAGUCAAACUAUAAUGAAGAAAAUUAUCUUCCGGUUCUGGCUAUUGUGGGAAUGCCAGGUCUAGGUAAGACAACUUUGGCUAAAUCAAUCUAUCAUGAAUCUGAGAUUGAUAGUCACUUCGAUGAAAAAAUAUGGGUGUGUGUAUCCACCCCUUUCGAAGUCAAGAAGAUCUUAAGUGGAAUUUUGGAAUAUUUUGAACCAGAGAAAGCCGCAGCAGCACAAAGAAAGGAAGUGAUUUGUAAAUUCAUUCGAGAAAAGCUGGAAAAGAAAAGAUACCUUCUAGUGCUUGAUGAUGUUUGGAGCGAAGAUCCUGAGAAAUGGAAACAGUUGAGGAGUUGUUUGUUAACGGUUAAUUAUACUCAAGGAAGCAGCAUCAUUGUCACUACCCGUAGUGACAAAGUUGCAAAAGUCAUGGAGACCUUUAGGUGUGAUUUGAGAAGACUAUCAGAUGAUGAAUCUUGGCUUAUAAUGAAGGAUAAAGCAGUUUCAGUUGGGAGUGCUCCUAUGUCCAAAGAGCAGGAGACAACGGGUAAAGAGAUUGCUAAAAAGUGCGGAGGUGUACCAUUAAUGGCAAAGGUUUUGGGAGAUACGCUGCGCUCUAAAACAAGAGAUGAAUGGGGAUCAAUUGUAAACAGUAAAGUAUGGGAUUCACCAGUAGGAGAGAGAAUUUUUUCAAUUUUGAAGUUGAGUUUUGAUGAAUUGAAACCUCCAUCCUUGAAACAAUGUUUUGCAUAUUGCUCGAUGCUCUUCAAGGAUUUUGAUAUUGAAAAGGAUGACUUGAUCCAACUUUGGAUGGCUCAAGGGUUGCUUCACCCCUGUUCUGACAAAAACCUAGAGAUGGAGGAGAGAGGUAAUGAAUAUUUUAAAAUCCUAUUGGCGAAGUCUUUUUUCCAAGACGUUACAAAGGAUUAUGGGAGUAAUGUUACCAAAUGUAAGAUGCACGAUCUUGUGCAUGAUUUUGCAGAACGUGUAUCAAAAUCAGGGAACUUACGCUCACUUUUUUCAAAUGGAGAAGACCUUGAGAGCAACUUACUUAACUUGAAAUCCUUACGUGUCUUAAACUUAUACAAUGCAGAUACGGAGGUGUUGCCAGAUUCUAUUGGAAAGUUGAAACACUUGAGGUAUUUGAAUGUAUUGAAAACAAGAAUGAAAGCACUUCCCAAAUCUAUUGGGAAGCUUUAUAAUCUGCAGACACUAAAAAUGCCUAAUCAGCUUGAAGAGUUUCCAACGGAAAUUGCAAAUUUGACCAACUUACGGCACAUUUGUUUUGGUAGAUAUAUGAAAGUUCCAGGUGGGAUACUGGGACGGUUCACUGAUCUCCGAUCAUUACCUUUUCUCAAGGUAAGUAAAGAGACAGGUCUGAGAAUUGAGGAAUUGAGUGGUUUAAACCAGUUGCACAACACCUUGUCUAUUUAUGGACUGGAAAAUGUAGGGGAUGGAGAAGAAGCGCAGAAAGCGAACUUAGUAGAGAAGAAACAUAUACGCAAGUUAAUCCUUGAUUGGAAGCUCAGUGGGCCAAACCACAAUGUGGAGAACGAUGACGAUGUACUAGAAGGCCUCCGACCACAUUCUAGUUUGGAAUUUUUGGAGAUUCAUGGAUUCAUGGGUACUAAAUUUCCAUCAUGGUUAUUGCUAGCCAACCAUUUGAAAGAGAUUGAAUUAUUGGGCUGCAACAAAUGUGAAGGAGUCCCGGUACUUGGGCAUUUACCCAAUCUUAGUUGUGUUAAGAUUAAGAGAAUGGAGAAGCUAACUCGUAUAGGAUCCGAGUUUUAUGGUGAUAAUCAUGUUAACUGUGGAAAUGGAUCAAGUAGGGAGGCAUGGCCUUUGUUCCCUGCUUUGAAAACACUGCAUAUUAAGGAGGCACGGAACCUGAUUGAAUGGAUGGAAGCGCCAACAGAGAGAGGAAGUAGGGUGGUGUUUCCUUGCCUUGAGGAGCUGACCUUGAUUCACUGUGAACAACUGAUAAGUGCUCCCAGUCAUUUUCCAUCUCUCAAGAAGUUGGUGAUAGAAGGCUCAGGAGGCACGCCAAUAGCAAGUAUUCUAAGCAAUCAACUCACCACUCUCACUUAUCUCAGCUUAAGGGAUGUGAGGGGACUGACUUGUCUGCCGGAAGGGAUGUUGGAAAACAACAAGAACCUUGCACAUUUGGAUAUACAUCAUUGUUCGGAGUUAAUUUGUAUUUCUCCCCAAUCACAAGGAUCUGAGUACUGCUGCGCAUCUCUUUCAUAUUUGGAUAUAUGGACUUGUGCGAAUCUGAAAUAUUUACCUGAUGGGCUACUCACACCUUCUCUUAAAAAGCUGAAGUUGUCGCAUUGUUACGAUCUAAAGUACAUCCCAGAUGCUACACACGGUGGUCUCACCUCCCUUGAAACAUUGAUUGUGAUGGACUGCUCUAAAAUAACUUCCAUUCCAUUUUCACAAGGCCUCCCAUCUCUUGGUGAAUUCACUAUAAGCAGGUGUCGGGAAUUAUCAAGCCUACCGGGUGGACUGGAAUACUGUACCUCUAUUCGGAGUUUGAGAAUAACAGAGUGCCCUAAGGUACCAUCCAUUUCAGUCGAAAGUCUGAGUACAUCCCUCCAAGAGUUGUGUGUAAGUAAUCUGGACUCUCUUCCAAUUUCACGAGGAGGCUUUACAUCACUCCGUGAAUUCACAAUCUGUUUCUGCCGAAGUGCACAAUUUGGGCCAGGAUUUAGUGCCUUUCUUCAAACCCUUGUCUCUCUUCAAAAAUUGACGAUAUGGGCUUGCCAUUCUCUAGAGACUAUUCCAAGUUCAGACAAGCUCACAUCCCUCCGCAGCUUGGAGAUUUCUCAUUGUAGUAAAUUAACAUGUCUACCGGAUGGGUUAGCAGCAUCGUCACAGUCCUGCAGCCUCACCCGUUUGAAGAAAUUGACACUUGGUGGUUUCUGCGUGGAGCUCGAUGCAUUCCCAGCUUUUCAGGCUAUACCACAGCUUGAAUCAUUAACCAUCCGUGGGUGGCGUAAGCUCAAGUCUCUCCCUGAACAAAUUCCACACUUGCCUUCUUUAAGACAUUUGACGAUAGAGAGGUUUUGGGAAGUGGAGGCUAUUCCAGAAUGGUUGGGAAACCUUGCAUCUCUUGAGGACCUGAGUAUUUAUUUCUGCAAGAGUCUAAUGUAUCUACCUUCUGUGGAAGCUAUGCGACGCCUCACCAAAUUGAAAGAGAUAGACAUCCGCUAUGGUUGUGACCUUCUAGAAGAAAGAUGCAGGGAGGAGAGCGGCCCAGAGUGGCCUAAGAUUCGUCAUCUUCCAUUCAUCACGAUUGGAGAUACAAAAAUCGUGAAUUGACCAACGCACUCUGAGUACAAUAAAUUCCUUAAAGUGCCGACAUCGAGGCAAAUAAGGCUUUCUGAAACACCAGAUGAGGAGUAGUUGAGUCAGCUAAACUGGUAGGGUUCUCGUGCCAUCUCCCAAUGUUCCCUUUCAUCAAAAUAACCUUUCACUUUGUUCCUCAGAAUUGUCCUCCAAAUCAGUGGUGUAACAUUAUUUGGCCAACUCUGUUUUUCAUAGAGAAAUCAUUGUUACCGUGGAAAUUUCUUAACAGAUUGCAGCGUACAGGUUUGACUCUUAUGACACUUCUUUUGUGUUGCUCUAUUUGUCCAGAUAGAACUGAAUAUGUAAACCAAUUCUUCUUAUCCUAGCCCUUUGCAACAAAACUGCGGGACAAAUUUUUCAUCAUUUUUGGCUCUGUUGUACUACAAUUCUAUGAACCAAUUUAUAGCCAUAAAGACAAACAUAUUUGCAUAGCAACAGUGUGUGAUGUCUGAUGGAUGAUAGAAACAAGCUAUAAUUGGUGAAGCAGGUAGCUUUCUUUGUCUUCUGAAUUUCAAGAGUUGGUGUUCUGCAAUCCUGCUUUUCUGUUUGUGCCUAGAUUUAAGAACUUUUAGGUUUGUACCUUGCAAGAUGCUCUGUUGUACUUGAGAUUAUGGCUGUCAUGUAACCAUACGCAGUCAUUUGGUGCAGGCAAAAGCAUUCUCAUAGCCAAAAAAUAUCAGAGAUGAAUUUCGAAAGAGCUGUUACGCUGUCUGUAAGUUACAGAGAACGAGGCGUGUUCCUGUGGAGGGUUAUUAUCACGUGAUAAGCACUAAGCAAUCCCUUAACUUCAUGAAGUUCCGCACCAAGGCAAGGUUUCCUGUCAGCAAACAAAGCUUUCAGUUUGUGCCUCCGAAUUGUCCUCCAAAGUGGUGGUGUAUGAUUAUUGGGCUAACUCUGUUUUCCUAAACCCUUUUAAAAUCAUUACUGGCUUGGAAGGAGCUGAAUUGAAAACUCUUAAUGGCUUUCAGAAUACAGCAAGCCAAGAUUUGCUCCCUUUAUUGUCAAUAAUGGGGAUUUGGUUUCUACAAAGCAACUGUACGUUAGCCAUCUAAUCUGAGAUCUUUGGAUGAUAAUCAUGAUAUGGGCUGGAAAGAAACAAUCUAAGAUGAAGCCAGUGUUGAAUUGAACUUUUAAGUCUCAGAUGGUGUUGGUCUCUUCGGUGCCAGCCAAGCUGAGAACCACUAGAGUGGGGAGUACGUAAGGAUGCCAUUGUUCUUUGAGUUACUUGGCUAAGUUUGGAAACCGGCUCAUCUGUGCUCGUGGAUACUUCUGCCCAAGCAGAACAACCGAUCAGGAGCGAACAUGUGGCAACAUGCUCCACAUCAGCUUGGCAAACUUAUCAAGGAGCCUCACAUUCACACAUGAUGAGACGUCUGCUCAUGCCUUAGAGCUACUCACACAUUAAGGAUCUUCAAUUCCAUGCCUUACGGGAAAAUGUUGUAUCACUCUCCAUUCAGCUGCAUUCAUUAUAUAGCUAAACCAUCAUAUAGUGUAAUUAACCAUAUUUAUUUGAUUAUAGUGAAACCACUGGCAAACAACCAUGACGUAGCCCUAAACUCUAGCCAAGUUUUGGGUGAACACGUAAAUCUCCUGUGUUAUUAGAUGUUAUUGUCUUUUACGUAUACAUUGGGGCUGUGACCAGUUACCCAUUUUUAGCCCAAAAAAUGCCCACUUACUCCACCAAGAGUUUUUUAACCCCAUUUACCCAAUCUUACAUCUAUUGACAUUUUAGCCCCUGUUAAUUAAAUUAAAACCCAUCCAUCUCUUAUCAGUCUCUCUCUCCUUCCCAAACUCUCUCUCUCUCCCCCCGAUCUCCACCUCCACUCUCUCUCUCUCUC